AUGGAUACGGUGGAAAACCUGUCUGAUCUGAACAAGGACAUCUGGGUUGAUCAUGAUGCACUCAAUAAUUCUAAUUCUCCUGUUCGCGACGGUGGUUUUUACGAUGUACUUAUCUUGGGAGCUGGAUACGGCGGUCUUCUAUUUGCUGCACGACUGAUUCAGGCUGGCAUCUCGGCUGAAAACAUUCGGAUCGUAGAUAACGCAGGUGGCUUUGGAGGGACUUGGUACUGGAACAGAUAUCCUGGACUUAUGUGCGAUGUAGAAAGUUACAUGUACAUGCCACUCCUAGAGGAGACAGGGUACAUGCCACAGCAUAAGUAUGCAUAUGGUCCAGAGCUACUGCAAUAUGCCAACCGGCUAGCGAGUCACUUCGAUCUACAGGACAAAGCAUUGUUCAGAUCUCGUGUGACUGAGAUGAGAUGGAACGAUGAAGCACACUAUUGGACAGCUCAUAUUUAUGAGAACAGAGGCCCUACACAAUCAGGUCGAUCGUUGACGCUAAAGUCUCGAUUCGUCAUCACUACGGGCGGUGUCUUGAACGUGCCGCAUGUGCCAAAUAUUGAAGGCUUGAGGACCACAAAAAUUCCAUUAUUUCACUCGGCCAGAUGGAGGUAUGACUUCACAGGCGGUACACCUACAGAGCAGAAAAUGGAGAAACUAAGAGACAAAAGAGUUGGAAUUAUUGGGACUGGGCCUACAGCUAUUCAAGUCGUGCCAGAACUUGCGAAGUGGUCCAAGCAUCUCCUAGUGUUCCAGCGCACGCCGACAUCGUGCGAUGUUCGUGGCCAGCGGAAGACUGACCCAGACGAAUGGAAACAAAUUACAGCACAGAAGGGGUGGCAGAGAGAAAGAAUACACAACUUCAACCACUUUCUAAGAGGGGAGCCGCUUCAAGUGGAUCUGGUCCGCGAUGGUUGGUGCCAAAUGCCAAGCUUUAGCGCGGUGAUAGGAUCGGCUUGCAAAGGGAAAAUCUCACCGGAAGGAGUCGAAACCCAUAUUGCUGAGCUUAAUGCUAUUGACUUUCCAAGAGCACAAAGAUUAAGAGAACGUGUCGAUAACGUCGUUCGUGAUAAGACAACGGCAGAGAAACUUAAAUCGUGGUAUCCAACCUAUUGCAAACGACCAACCUUUCACGACGAGUACCUGGAAUCCUUUAAUCGGCCAAAUGUCGAGCUGAUUGAGACAUCGGGAUUUGGCGUGGAGAGUAUCACAGAGCAUGGACUCAUUGUCAAUGGUAUUGAGCAUGAGGUUGAUCUGCUUAUACUCAGCACUGGUUUUCGAUCCACGCCUGCAGAGGGUGUAGGCACGCCAUCACGGAGCUGCAAUAUCGAAGUGUUCGGGCGAAAUGGGCUUAAUAUAAACGACAAAUGGGAUGAAAAGGGACCGGUAACUUUACAUGGAUGUUGCACACACGAUUUUCCCAAUUUUUUCUUCGGUGGAUUGAGCCAGACUGGCAAUGCUUGCAACGUAUCUUACGUUUUGGACAACCACGCAAGAAACGUGGCAUACUAUAUACAAUCAGCGCGCAAAGCAACGAAAACUGAUGCGUUCGCAAUUGAGCCAUCGCGUGACGCAGAAGAAGAAUGGGCGAACGAGAGUGCCAGUAUGGCGGCCUGGUUUGCUGCCCUUUCACCAUGCACCCCAGGAAAUUACAACAACUAUGCGAAGAGUAUCACAGAUCCAACGAUUCAACAAAAGCUUGCAAGAGCUGCGCCAUGGGGACUUGGCAGCCAGGACUUCUACGACCGCAUCGAAAAAUGGCGUCAAUCUGAAGGUCUCUAA